UGAGGGGUGGGGUGAAAGCAGUCCUGAUGCAAAAAUACGAGCGAAUGCGCGAACCCUAGACAGUCAGACUCAGCUGAACUUCAAUGUGCGUCUCUUUUACUUCUCAUGGUAGCGGGAGCUACGUUUCUUUCCCUUCCUGGAUAAUUCUGCAUGCCGCGGGCAGCAAUAAACCCUAAGCAUCCCAUUGAGGUAGCGCCUCGAAAGGCUGACGCGCUAACUCCGCCCCGUUUCGGAAGAGUCUCCGCCUCCUCGAAGCUGUGGCGCUAGCACGGUGUAUGCAAAUCCGCAUUCCUUCGGAGAGCGCGCUGACAGUAAAAGUGACUUCACUUCCAGGCAAUUUCAUUCAUAUAGAUCUGCGUGGAGAAGCGUGUGAGCCUACGGAGGGAAAAAAAAACUGUCGAGAGAGGACACAAGGAGCGAGGUGUUGGUGCCAGGUCUCGCGAUUAGUAGUGACCGAGGGUGUCCAACCUUUCUCAGGUGGCUUGUGGAUCGUGUGGUCCAAAUUGAUGAACUGCGAAUUUAUUACCCGGAGGGACUGUUGGCCUUUCCAUUGGAACCAAACGGAGAAAGACUCCCAUCGGACCCAAGGAGGGUGUUCUGAAAAACAUCGGACCAGUACCUGCUCCACCUGCUGAGCCUUUUAGAUCCGGCCGUGGGCAGGACGCCACAGGAAGGAGCCGUUGCUUUCCCUACUUUGGUCGUGCCAUUUGCUGAUGACUCACCGUCGCCACUUCUGUUCUAGGGGGCUUUCUGUUCCCAUUUUAAGUUUCACAAAGCUGUGACGGUUGUUUUUUUUUUUUGUUUUUGUUUGUUUUGUUUUUCUCUCUCGCGCGCGCGCGUGCGCUCUUUUUUUUCAAGAUCGGCUGUUGUAAACAGGAGUGCGUGCAGCUGUGAUGCCAUCCUUCUCCGCUCUCCUCAGUGCCCGCACCUAAAAGACACAAAAAGGGGAGGGGGUCCCAGAUCUACAGCUAACAAAAAAGUGGGCGGGACUCGACUCACCCAAAGCUCUAUUCGCCCCGCAGCUCUCUUGAUUUGAUUUAAAGCAAAAGGCUUACAAAACUUACCUGCAGAAGAAGAGCCGUCCACCCCAAAUGCUUGGCAGAGUUUUUUUAAGAGGAUUCUGAACGGAGAUCUUCUGUGCUUUAACUGGGAGACAUUAACAGGUGGAAUAAAGUGGAAGUAAGCAGCCAUGGUUUUCCUGUGGGAUGCGAAAUACGAUGCUGCUCCGGGACGCAGGUUCACCCCGCCUUCGACCACACUGAGUCCCGGGAAGAUGAGCGAAGCCCUUCCUCUGGCGGGGCAGGAGAACAGCGCGGCGCUGGUGGGCAAGCUACGCGUGGCGGACAGGAGCAUCGUGGAGGUCUUAGCGGACAACCCGGGGGAGCUGGUCAGGACGGACAGCCCCAACUUUCUGUGCUCUGUCCUGCCAAACCACUGGAGGUGCAAUAAGACGCUGCCCAUCGCCUUUAAAGUGGUUGCCCUUGGUGACGUCCCAGAUGGCACACUGGUAACUGUGAUGGCAGGAAAUGAUGAGAACUAUUCCGCCGAACUGCGCAAUGCCACAGCUGCCAUUAAGAAUCAGGUGGCCCGCUUCAAUGAUCUGCGGUUUGUGGGUCGUAGUGGAAGAGGUAAAAGCUUCACCCUGACCAUCACGGUAUUUACAAAUCCUCCUCAGGUGGCCACGUACCACAGGGCUAUCAAAAUCACAGUGGACGGUCCACGAGAGCCCAGACGACAUCGUCAGAAGCUGGAGGAGCAGAGUAAAACAGGCAGCCUUGCUUUUUCUGAGAGACUGAGCGAGCUGGAGCAACUCAGACGCACCGCCAUGAGGGUCAGCCCACACCAUCCCAGCCCUACACCCAACCCUCGUCCUUCCCUCAACCACGCCACACCUUUUGGGAGUCAACCGCCCAGUCAGCUGCAAGAUUCACGACAAAUGCAGACAUCUCCAUCAUGGUCCUACGAUCAGUCCUACCCGUACCUGGGGCAGAUCUCCACACCGUCUGUUCAUCCGACAACUCCAAUCUCUCCCAGCAGAGCAAGCAGCAUGGCCUCUCUCACAGACCUCUCCAGCAGGCUUUCAGCAGCUCCAGAACUCACAGCCUUCAGUGAUGCCCGGAUGAGCAUCGACCGUCAGUUUCCCACUCUCCCUCCUCUUCCGGACAGCCGAUUCUCUGACCCUCGUAUGCACUAUCCCGGAGCUUUCACCUAUACCCCAACUCCAGUGACCACUGGGAUUGGAAUUGGCAUGUCGGCCAUGACGGGUGCCGCUCGCUAUCACACGUACCUGCCACCUCCUUACCCAGGAGCAUCUUCUCAGGGCCAGAGUGGCGCAUUCCAAACUGGCACCUCACCUUACCACCUCUACUACAGCACAUCAACUGGAUCGUACCAGUUCUCUAUGAUGUCUGGGGGCGAGCGUUCUCCACCACGCAUCCUUCCACCUUGUACCAACGCCUCCACUGGUUCAGCACUCCUCAACCCGAACCUUCCAAGCCAAAGCGAGGUGGUGGAAGCCGAAGGGAGUCACAGCAACUCACCGAUUAACAUGGCGACCGCAAGUCGGUUGGAGGAGGCCGUAUGGCGGCCUUAUUAACCAGCAAGCAUUGGAGAUGAAAUACAAGAGACAGUUUUAGCAACUGCACUGACCUUUUUUAAACUAAUUAUUUACAGAUGACUUAAACUGGGCUGGAAAGCAUCUUUUUCAUUUUAUUGUUGGAAUAUUUUUUGCCGUCAAUUGAGCCUGUAUAUAUAGAAACCAAUGCCUGAGAUGCCAGAACUGUGAACACUUACAUUACAAGUACUGUGAAUCAAGGCUUUUACUUGUCUUUUUUAUUGAAAAAUCAAACUUUUUCCACGGAACUUCAUUUAUUUUUUUUGUUUUUUAUUUAACGUCGUCAAAAUUCCUGCCAAUGUUUUUUGCUUGCGACCGUGGCCAACGCAUUUUCAAGGACCUCGCCAGGCUUUCAUAAGCAUUUACCUGCACGACAUGCAGCGCUCUCUCUGUUUCUCAGCAUACAUUUGUUAGCGGAAAAAGGUCCCUAUGUAUCAUUUAAUUUGCACAAUGCCAUGUGAAAUUUGAGUGUCCUUUCUGAGGAACAAGACAGAAAAAAAUGAAAAGAAUGUGUUGUAUUAUUUUUCAGGGUUUAUUUUUCACAAAGUGUAAUUUCGAGAUUAAGAGUAUUUUGUAGCAUUAGAACAGAAAGUGACACUCGACGUUGAAUUUCAAUGAACUGCAUGUGGACGUGCUAUGCCAAACAUCUUAUUUGUGUUAAACAUCAUUGCUGUACUCUUCUAUUUCCACAAAAGUAUUUUUUUAUUAUAAAUUACUGGAAAUUUGGCACGUUUAACUCAGUUGUGUACUUAAAAGGUGAAUUUUCAAUACA